CAAAGCUCCCUUUCUCUUUGCUCUUCAAAUCGUAAGAAAAGUUGGAACUUUGCUUAGAUUACAGAGUGAAAAUGCUACACCUCAAAAGAUCCUUGCACAAAUGGAACUUGAUGAUCCGUGACUCUACCAACAACGGCUUCUUUACACACUCUUUAAACAUUUACUCUUCCAUGUUACAAACCGGAGUUCAUGCCAACAUCUACACUUUCCCUUUGCUCCUCAAAGCUUGUGCUAAUAUCAACUCUUUACGCCUCGGCACUUUGCUUCAUUCCCAUGUCCUUCAACUGGGAUUUCAACUAGACCCCUUUGUUCAAACGGCUCUCAUUGAUAUGUACUCCAAAUGCUCCAAUCUUCAAGCUUCAAGAAAAGUGUUUGAUGAAAUGCCCUUUAGAACCCUCGUGUCUUGGAACUCUAUGAUUUCUUCUUAUUCUCGUGCUUCUCUAGUUGAUGAAGCGGUUUUGAUGUUAAAAGAAAUUUGGGUUCUUGGUUUGGAACUAAGUGCUUCUACAUUUGUAAAUGUUGUGUCUAGUUGUAGUGUUCUUGGACAAGGCUUAUCAAUACAUUGUUGCGUAUUUAAACUCGGACUGUUGAGUAAUGAGAUACCUUUAGCUAACUCUGUUAUGAAAAUGUAUGUUAAAUUUGGUCGACUUGAUGAAGCGCGUUUGGUCUUUAAUGGAAUGGGAGAAAGUUCCAAUAUUUCAUGGGCAAUAAUUAUUGGUGGGUUUGUGAAUAUUGGGAAAGUUGGUGAAGCAUUUGGUGUGUUCAACCAAAUGAGAAGAACUAGUCUGAAACCAGACUUAAUAGUGUUUCUGAAACUCAUUUCGGGUUGUUCACAAGAAGGGAAUUUGUUGUUAGCUUCGUUGGUUCAUUCUCUUGUACUGAAAUGUGGAUGCGAGGAUAAAGAUCCCAUUGACAAUUUGCUGGUCAGCAUGUAUACAAGAUGUGGUGACCUUGAGUCUUCGCAAAGAGUAUUUGAUAUGGUACAGGAGAAAAAUGUGUUCUUGUGGACGUCCAUGAUUGGAGGGUAUGCUCAGUUGGGUUAUCCUGCUGAGGCAUUGAAUCUGUUUAAAAGGUUGUUGAAGACAUCCGUUAGACCCAAUGAAGCAACCAUGGCUACAGUACUUUCAGCUUGUGCUGAUUUAGGAUCACUUGCCAUGGGAAAGGAGAUUGAAGAGUACAUUUUGGUAAACAGGCUAGAGUCUAGUAGGCAAGUUCUGACCUCUUUGAUACAUAUGUUCUCCAAAUGUGGAAGCAUAAACAAGGCAGAAGAAGUGUUUGAGAGGGUGACAGAUAAAGACUUGGCUGUUUGGGGUGCUAUGAUAAAUGGCUAUGCCAUUCAUGGGAUGGGAGAUAAGGCUUUUAGUCUCUUUCAUAAGAUGCAACAAGUAGAAGGUAUAAAGCCAGAUGCUGCGGUUUGCACAAGCUUAUUAUCGGUGUGCAGCCAUUCCGGAUUGGUCGAAGAUGGAUUGAGGUAUUUUCGAAGUAUGCAGGAUGAGUAUGGAAUAGAACCCAGCAUAGAGCAUUAUGCAUGCUUGGUAGAUCUUCUUGGCAGAGCUGGUCAGUUUGAUUUGGCUUUGAAAACAAUUCAAGAGAUACCUGUCCAAGAACAAGCUCAAGUAUGGGCUCCAUUACUUAGUGCAUGCAGGAAACAUAGCAACAUUGAGCUGGGAAAACUUGCAGCUAGAAAGUUGAAAAAUUUAAGCCCUCUAAGUACCGGCAAUUAUGUUUUAAUGGCAAAUUUGUAUACAUCCGUGGGCAAGUGGAAAGAGGCAGCUACAGCAAGAGGCUUGAUAAAUGAUAAACAAUUAGUAAAAGAAGCUGGUUGGAGCCAGGUUGAGAUGGAUGGCUGUGUCUAUGUAUUUGUUGCUGGAGAUCAAUCCCAUCACCAGUCGGUUGAAAUCUACAAGACCUUAGAGGAUCUAAAUGUUAUAAUAUUAGAGGCAGGGUAUGCUGCGAAAACAGACACAGACUUGUCAUAACUUUGAAGUAUAAACAUUUCUAUGUUCCUAUUUGAAUUAUAAAAGUACUAAAAAAUAAGUAAAAUAGAUUUGUUUAUUUUGAAAAUGAUUUUGAAAGUUAUAAUCAGUAAAAUAGAAGCCAUCUUAUGUUUCUUGGUAAUAGUGUACUGAUUUUCAGCUUGUACACAGUAGUCUCCAGCUUUUCUGUUUGCUGGGGUUUUAAUUCUCUUUGAUGGUUUCUGUUUAUGUA